ACUACUACGAUUAUGACGACAACAACAAUAAACAAGGAAAAACGAUUGUCAUGUUUGUUGUUGUUGCUGUUGAUUGUUGUAUGUGUUAUUACAUCAGAGAAUCAUUACCUAUUUUGAGGAUAAAUUUUUUUUCUUUUCGAUGAAUUCACAUUUUUAAAGUUGUCUGAUAAUCGAACAAUCAUCUCAUUUUCUUUGUGUUCUACCCUCCAUUCAUUUUUAUACAUACCAACCAAUCAACAUCCUCACAUAAUUUUCCAUCAACCAGUGGUUGUCAUUUCAACAAAUUUUUUCGUGUGUGUGUGUACAUUUUUUUUUGUUGGCAGCAAGCUCAUCAUAGUCUUCAUCAUUCGAUGACACACGUCGUUUGAUGAUAAAAAAAUUUUCAAUCUUUUUAUUUUUCGUUUACGUAUGUGUUAUGUGUGUGUAUUGAUAUGAUAUAUUAGUGACAAUUGCUAAACACAACACAAAUCGACUAUUCGAGAAAUAAAUGCACAAGCAUACAAGAUAAAUUGCGUACAUUCGAACAUUGGCUGUUUUUUUUCUGGUCAAUUUUUUUCUAACAUUUCGGUAUAUAUCAUAUAAUUCGAUUUGUUGUAUUCUUUAUUGUUCCAAAUCGUACACUGGGAGUUGAUUGAUCAUCAUUUGAUUCACAUCCAAACAUCCACUUAAAUUUAUCAUUAUUCUAUAUUUGUAUUUACUAUAUUCAUAAGAAUAAUAUACAUUUUCAAAAAAAAAAAAAAAAUGAAUGAACCAAGUACAAGUUCUGCAAUGAAUAAAUGUUGUUUCUCACCAUUGGGACAAUUAUUACGAACAUUUUUCGUCAAAGCUGCAGACAUUUUAUAUUGGCGUGAUCCGAAAAAUUCCGGUGCCGUAUUCGGUGUUGGUCUGGUCAUUUUAUUCUCAUUGACCGUAUUUUCGGUCAUUUCGGUCGUCGCUUACACACUUUUAUUCACCCUGUUGGCAUCGUUAACAUUCAGAGUCUACAAGAAUGUUAUGCAAGCGGUCAACAAAACCGAUGAUGGUCAUCCAUUCAAAGAAUAUUUGGAAGUUGAUAUUACACCUAACCAAGAAAAAGCUCAUGAGAUCGCCGACCAAAUAUUGUCCCAUUUCAAUUGUUUCGUAAACCGCAUGAGAAGUGUACUUUUGGUUGAAGAUUAUGUCGAAUCAUUCAAGUAUUUGUUCAUGUUUUGGGCGCUAACAUUUAUUGGAGCAUGGUUCAAUGGAAUGACAUUAGUCAUUUUGGCCUAUAUCGGAGCAUUUUCAUUGCCCAAAGUUUAUGAAAUGAAUCAGGCUCAAAUUGAUCAUUACAUCAAUAUGGUAGUUUCAAAAAUUAAUGAAGUUACCGAAAAGAUUCCUUUCUUGAAAAAGGCAUCGGCAGCAGCCGAAAAGAAAGAUAAUUAAGAUCGAAAAAAAAACAUUUGGCUAACAUUGCUAAAUCCAACAUUUAUUCUCACUUUCUUUAUCGUUAUCGCAUUAUCGUUUAAAUGAUCGUACUUAUUUUUAUCCUUAUAAUAAUAAAUUCUCUAUAAACACAUACAUCCGAUUGGCAAACAUGCAUUUUAUUAUGACGAUGAUUUUGUUUACCAUUUUUAUCUCUCAAAAAGAACGUAGAAUUCGAAUCGGAUGAUAUGAAUAUGGAUGAUAAUUUAAUUUUUUUUUUUCAUCAUAAAAGAAACAACAACAGAACAAAUAAAAUGGUUUGAUUUUUUA